AGGAGGAGGAGGAGGAGGAGGAGAGCGCUGUUGUUCCGUGGUUGAGAUCGCAGUCUGUCCGAAGCCCCAAGUCAGUGGAUUGUUGAAAAACGGGAGCGCCGGGCUGCAUUCCGCAGAAGCUGCUGCCUGCCCCCCCAUCGACCCCCGUCACCCUGAAACUUUUCAACAGAAACCUUUUUUCUUUAUUGGGGAGGGGGGGGGGGGGGGGGGGGGGGGGCGGAUUGUUCGGUUUCUAUGCGCGGAGAAGCGCGAGGGGUUGGAAGGUGAAUCCUGCGAGUGUCCCAAGCAGCGAGGGAAUGGAGAAGCACAAAGUGCUGGACCAGCUCCUGAUGGAGCUCCACCGCUUCCUGCUCAUCCUGGACAAGGAGACUCUGAGUGGGAACGCCACCAUCCAGAAGGGCCUGAUCUCCGAUCUCCUCCAUUCCUACAGAGCCUCCAAUGGGGCCGAUGAGGAGUAUAUCUACAUGAACAAAGUGAUUGUUGGCGGGAAGGACAAAGAUGACAAAGAUGACAGAUCAGAUGUCCUGCUCAAUGGAAAAGGAGCAAAAUGUGUUCCUGUCCCACAGAAGAGCCUUCCUGACCUGCCACCCCCCAGAACAGGCGUGGUGGGUCGGGAGCCGUUCCCCUUACCUGUCGUUCCCGCUCCAGACGCCUCCGAGAGCUACUACGAGGAGGCACAGCCCUACGAGGAAACUGUCAACGACGACGGGGAGGUGGUUAGCAGCUCAUACGAGUCCUACGACGAGGAGGAAGUGAGCCGAGGAAAGUCGCAGCACCAGUGGCCGUCAGCGGAGGCCUCCAUCGAGCUGAUGAAGGACGCUCAAAUCUGCGCCUUCCUGUGGAGGAAGAAGUGGCUCGGCCAGUGGGCCAAACAGCUGUGUGUCAUCAAAGACCAGCGCCUACUGUGCUACAAGAGCUCCAAGGAGCAGACGCCCCUGCUGGACGUGAGUCUGCUGGGCUGCACCGUGGUCUACAAGGAGAAGCAGCUGAAGAGGAAGGAGCACAAGCUGAAGAUCACCCCCGUCGGAGGCGAGGCCAUCGUGCUGGGCCUACAGAGCAAGGAGCAGACAGUGCAGUGGCUGAAGGUGAUUCAGGAGAUCAGUCCCAAGCCAUUUGAAAACUGUGACCCCCAGCACUCGGUGACCGACUCCCCGAGGCUCAUCUGUACUAAGGGAGACCUGAGUGAGAGGUACUCCGUGGCUUCAGAGAGCGGCAGCAGCACUGACAGCCACGCCGACACCCCUGAAAACAAAGAUGUGAAGAAAAAGUACGGCGCAGGUUUGAAGUUCAGCAACCUCAUGAACAUCGGCAAGAAAAAACCUUCGUCGUUGGAGAGCCCGGAGAAAUGUGUCAGCACCUCAGGCUACCUCAACGUGCUGGUGAACAGCCAGUGGCGGACCUGCUGGUGUCUCAUGAAGAAUGGCCAGCUGUGGUUUUACCAGGACAAGGGCAAGAGCAAAGUGAGCCAGCCCGCCGUGACGCUCGGCGGCUGCAGCGUUCUGCCCGACCCCAGCCCCGAGCGCCUGUACUCCUUCAAGAUCGACAUGGACGGCACGCAGGUGGCGACACUGGAGGCUAAGACAUCAGCAGACAUGGGUCACUGGCUGGGCCUCUUGCUGUCACAAACGGGGAACAAGACGGACCCCGAGGAGCUGGCGUACGACUACGUCAACGCCGAGAGGAUCUCCAGCAUCGUCAACGCCGCCAAGACGUCCCUAUACUUGAUGCAGCGGAGAUACUCGGAGGCAAACACCUACAUAGACACACCGCCCUCCGUCGCUCCCGACUCGGAGGAACUGUACGACGAUGUGGCGUCUUUAGCUGAUCCAGAGGAUGCCGAGGAGAGCGGCCUGCCAGACACUGAGGACAACAACCUCCAGGAGCCCAGUGAAACGUGCACGCAAGACGCCAAGGACCCGGCGGGAACAGAGCAGGACAGUGAACACAACGUUUACCUGGACCUGAUUCCUGUGCGCUCCUUCCUCCACACCACCUGUGGGGGUAAAGCCCUGCCCACCAAAGAAACUUCCAGACAUUCCCCGGUCCAAGUAGAGGACCAGGAAGACGCCUCGUGUCAAGAUAAAGAGGUCACUUCGACUGACCCUCCUGAGCCAGAGCCAACGCCCGCGUCCAGUGACCCGAGUUUGUCUCCUGCUGCCAGCAAACAAGAGCAAGCGAGCCCGCCGGCUCCCGCGCCACAGGAGUCCCAAGCUCAACCGCUCAAACCCGCAUGCCAAAGCCAGGAGGCGCCGAAGAGGAUGAGUCUGGGAAUCCCACAGGCCUUCGCCUCCUCCGGGGCACCGGUCCUCAAAGGACCACCGGUUCACACCGCAGCCGGGUUCCCCCACAGUCCCCAACCGCUGCGGCCAAAGGCUCAUACCAUGGGGUGCCCUGGUGCAGUUGAAGGGAAACUGGGCAAAAACCGCACGGAGGCCGACAUGCGGCGCUACAUCGAUGAGCGGGACCGCUUGGAGAGGGAGAGGGAGGAGGUGAGGGGCAGUCUGGCAAACCUGAAGAAGGAGAGGAGGGAGACCAAAGAGGAGCUCAGCGCCUGCCAAGAUCCCAAGCAGCAGGCCUCGGUGGAAGCGCGUCUGAAGCAGAAGGAGGAGGCGUGCCGGGAGGCGGAGCACCGCAGGGUGGAGGUGGAGCUUCGGCUGGUGGAGGUGAAGGAGAGUCUGAAGAAGGCGGAGUCGGGGCCUUUCACACUGGGAACCACACUGGACAGCAGCCUGCAGGACUCAUCCACGGUCAGCGGGCUGGUUCUGUUGUCUAAAGCAGCAACCCUGCCAGCUCCCCAGACAUCAACAUUGUCAUCAUCAUCGUCGUCGUCGUCUUCGUCGUCGUCAUCGUCAUCAUCCCAUCACUCAAACAGCAGCGUCAGUGCAGACCCCGCCUCCCCAGUCAACUCCGCCUCCGCACUGAAGAGCAGACCCGCGUCCAUCAUGGCCACGAAAGGCAACGUUCUGCUGAAGGCUAAGGAGUGGGAGAAAAAAUCCACCACCUAGGAGGAAAACAUCAUCUCCUCUGGUCUCCUCUGACCUGGUCAACGCGUCCUGCUUUGAGGGAGGAGCUGCCAAAUUAGAAGACGCAGACUGUUAAAAAUCAACAUCCUCCCUCUUCUGGAUCCUGCAUCCUCAGCAUCUCCCUGCCAAGAACCACAAAGAGCCAGUCAGAGAGAGGCACAAGCUGUCUUAUCAAAUACCACUGGAUCAUCAUGGUUUUAAUGACCUUUCAAGGUGUUGUUGUUUUGUUUUCUUCUCAAUUUGCAACAGGGAGGAAUUUUGAUGUUGGAGAAUUUUGUCCAGUCUAACAGUUCUUCUUGACAAAGACCAAACGGGAUGUUUCAAAACUGCAAUCAGCCAAAUAUUUGAAACCACUGAAGAUGGAAAGCCGCCCCUCCACUAAAAUUUUGUACACUCUUUCGCUUGGUUCAUAUAUGCUGGUAGCCAAGAUAUGUAAAUAUAAUUACAUCAUUAUUCAGCCGUUUGGCUUGUAUUGCUAGCUAGAAAUGCACCUUUUUAUUCAAAUAAAUAAAAUAAUGUACUGACAACAA